GGUGUGCUUAAACGUCAAAGAGACGGAGAGUAAAAAGCACAGUGCCGGACAAAGUACAGAGCAACAUAAAUCAUCCAUCUUUGCUUCCUCUUCGAUGCAAAAUCACAAUGACAUCAUCUCACCUGCUGAUUUCUAACCUCACAAAGGACUGGAUUGAAACCAUGGAGCGCUGGCAACUCCAACUGUUUUGGAUCCCCGCUGUCAUCAUCACUUUUGCCACAUUCAUAGCCAACCCCAUUCUGCUGGUGUGCAUUUUUAUGUCCCCUGCUUUGCGUAGGGAGACCCGCUACCUGCUGGUGGCCAACACCCUGGUUGCAGACAUAAUCUUCCUCAUCCUCAACUUGGUCACAUUGAUUGGGAAUGCUGUGAGAGCAGAGAUACCCUGGUUAGUUUGUCAGCUGUCCACAGCUCUCCUUGUCACGGCCUCCAGCUGCGCCAUCAUCACUGUGACUCUCAUGGUGAUCGACACCUUUACCGCCGUCCGCUGGCCUCUCCAGUACCACAACCUUCUCUCGCCUGCCCGGACCAGCAGCAUACUAGGGGUGGUUUGGUUGCUGUGCGCCAUUUAUCCAUUCACCUUGAUGAUGAUGAUGAUGAAGGAUGAGAUUCCUAACAACAAAGUCACCAUGUGUCUGACUCUCCUCUCCUUCGGUUUCUUUAAGGUCAACAACAUGGGGGAGAUCGAAAUGUACUUUUUUGUAUCAGCAGUGAUCUGCACUUUUCUAAUUUUUUACUGCUACAUCCGGCUUUACAUGGUGACAAGGACGCAGGGAAUUUGGCACAGCCGCUUCUCCAGGGCUCGGGUCACAGUGCUGGUCCAUGGUGUUCUGCUGCUGCUCUACUUUGCCCCCGGCUUAGUUUUUGCCUUGGAGAUCUACAUCUUUCAGGAGAAAAACAUGAGUCAGGAUCUCCGCGUGUGGAUCAGCACGGUCAACGCUAAUGUUUUCAUGCUGCUUCCCAGAGCAUUUGCUCCUUGCCUGUACGGGCUGAGGUACCGAGAGAUUUAUGAAAGUCUCGCACUUCUGCUACACCGUCACAGAAGAAGCAGAGAAAGCACAGUAUCAUAAAGACUCUUAAGAUCUGCCCACAA